AUGAGAACUAUACUCCUCACAACGUUAGCUUUCUGCGCCUCGGUUCUCGCUCAAUCGAGCGUCGUGGAUUCAUUUGUUGCAACCGAGUCACCCAUUGCCAAAGCAGGUUUGCUGGCCAACAUCGGACCAUCUGGAGCAAAGGCGUCGGGUGCUAAGGCUGGAGUGGUCAUUGCUAGUCCCAGCAACAACAACCCCGACUAUCUCUUUACAUGGACUCGAGACUCGGCUUUGGUGUACAAAACCGUUAUUGACCAGUUCAUUCGCGGAGACACUAGUUUACGUGGGACGAUUGACAACUACGUCUCUGCGCAAGCUAUCCAGCAGCAAGUGUCAAAUCCCAGUGGAAGUAUCUCUUCGGGGGGUCUUGGAGAGCCGAAGUUUAAUAUUGAUUUGUCGGCAUUCACUGGGGCAUGGGGAAGUGUCAUCUCUCCACCAUUUAUGAUUAUUUCUCAAUCCAACUCCAAACACAUAGACGGGCCAGCACUACGAUCCACCGCCUUGAUAACUUAUGCUAACUGGUUAAUCGCUAAUUCCAACACUACAUUCGUCACCUCUACGCUAUGGCCAAUCAUCAAGCUUGACCUCGACUACGUCGCCGCUAACUGGAACCAGACCGGGUUUGAUCUUUGGGAAGAAGUCCAGUCCAGUUCGUUCUUUACAUCUGCCGUUCAGCAUCGCUCUCUUCGCCAAGGAGCUGCACUCGCCAGCGCUAUCGGCCAGACAUCUGUUGUAUCGGGAUAUACUACCCAGGCAAACAACAUUCUCUGCUUCAUGCAGUCAUACUGGAACCCCUCCGGCGGCUAUAUCACUGCAAACACUGGCGGAGGACGCUCGGGAAAGGAUGCAAAUACAGCUUUGGCUUCCAUCCAUACCUUUGAUCCGACUGCAGGAUGUGAUUCAGUUUCGUUCCAACCCUGCUCUGACAAGGCCCUCUCUAGUUUGAAAGUAUACGUCGACUCAUUCCGUUCGAUUUACUCUAUCAACUCUGGAAUUGCCUCAAAUGCCGCUGUUGCCACUGGUCGAUACCCCGAGGACUCUUACUUCGGUGGAAACCCUUGGUACCUCACCACUGCAGCUGUUGCUGAGCAGCUAUACGAUGCGCUCAUCGUCUGGAAGAAGCAAGGCUCCCUGGAGGUUACUAGUAUCUCGCUCCCGUUCUUCCAACAGUUCUCCUCUUCAGUCGCAGUUGGAACAUACGCAAGCACAACCUCUACGUUCACUACUCUGACCAACGGUGUUCAGAACUUCGCUGAAGGAACUCUCGCUAUUAUUGCCAAGUUUACACCAUCGAAUGGCGGGCUCUCCGAACAGUUUAUCAAAACUUCUGGAGUCCCAACGAGCGCUAAUGAUCUCACAUGGAGUUAUGCGUCGAUGUUGACAGCCUUUGCCUCCCGCAGUGGUGUCGUUCCCGAGGCAUGGGGAGCUAAAGGACUUGUUGCUUCCGCGAGCUGUGGAACCUCUGCUGGUGCUGGUACCGUACAGGUCACCUUUAAUGUACAGGCUACAACAGUCUUCGGCGAGAACAUCUACUUGACUGGGUCCCUCGAUGCACUUAAGGACUGGUCUCCAGACAACGCCAUGAUUUUGUCAGCAGCUAACUACCCUACUUGGAGUAUCACGGUGUCCCUUCCUGCGAGCACUUCAUUCCAAUACAAGUACAUCCGCAAAUUCAACGGGGCUGUCACCUGGGAGUCCGACCCCAACAACUCCAACACCACACCUGCCUCCGGGAGCUUCACCAUCAAUGACACCUGGCGUUAA